AUGCAAACGCCUUUGGGUGUCUUCCAAGAAUACUACAUAACACAUCAGCUGCGCGACAAGCCUCCUGACGACAUUUCUUGGAUCGGUUCAUUGGCGGCUUUCCUCCAAUUUGCCAUAGGCGCCGUCGCAGGCCCAUUGUUCGAUCGUUACGGCUCUUGGAUCAUCCGCCCAGCCUCGCUCCUGUACGUGUUUGCCAUGAUGAUGACGAGCCUUUGCGAUCAGUAUUGGCACUUCGUCCUUGUUCAAGGCGUCCUCAUGGGCUGCUCUAUCGGCUUAUUGCUUUUCCCUUCGAUCAGCGCAGUGUCGCAAUACUUCGACAAGAAACGGGGAGCUGCCUUGGGUUUGGUGGUAGCUGGAUCCUCUAUCGGCGGAAUCGUCUUCCCCAUAGCACUGUCAAGGCUCUUGAAUGCCUCAUCCCUCGGCUUUGGCUGGUCAUUGAGGAUUAUUGGGUUCGUCACAAUGCCUCUCUUGAGUUUUUCAUGUGUGGUCAUCAAAGCUCGACUACCACCAAGGAAGACCAAGUUCUUCUUGCCAGCGGCUUUCAAACAAGCGGACUUUUCGUUUUUAGUCCUGUCGCUUUUCUUCAUGUUUCUGGGCAUGUUCACUCCGCUGUUCUACAUACCCUCUUAUGCAGUGUCAAGAGGCAUCAACAGCACGCUGGCCUCAUAUCUGCUCGCGAUACUCAACGGCGCCUCAACAUUUGGUCGUAUCAUACCCGGUAUACUGUCAGACAAGGUCGGGAAAUUGAACAUGCUGUCGAUCGGAAGCAUCAUUACUGGCGUUGUCAUCUUCUGUAUGACUAAAGCGGAGUCCGUCGCCGGGUUGGUGUUGUACUCGAUUGCCAUUGGAUUCUUCUCGGGCACACUCAUCUCUGGAGCUUCCGCAGCUCUCAGCAUCUGUCCCGAAGAUCCACGCGAUAUGGGAACCCUCAUCGGGCCACCAGUGAAUGGAAUUUUGAUCAGAACAUCUGGAGGGUAUCUUCAACUCUCAAUCCUGUCUGGUGUCAUGUGUCUUGUCGGUGGCGUCAUUUGCUUUCUGACCAAACUCACAACGCCGAAGGGACUUUUGGGAAAGACAUGA